UUGUGCUUUUUGUAUGACAUCAGAACAGGUACUAACUGUUAAAGUGUUUGUUUUCUCAGGAACUUCUUCGUACAGCACUACGAUUCUUACAGGUUCUUUUAGCACCGAAGGUACAACCACUGUGUCUGAGAGCUCUUCAGCAGCUUCAGUUUCUACACCCAUUAGCACACAAACUACAGGAGCAUCCUCUCCAUUGCUGACUCCAUCUGGCAGUAUGUCACCACCUUCAGUUUCAACAGUCCCAUCAACAGUCACAACAUCCGGAACAACUCCUACAAAGCCUUUUACCACCACUUCAGGAACAACCUCUAGUUCUUUUAGUACUGUUACUGCCACCACCAUUACCACCUCGGAAAUUGUUUCCUCUGGUUCAGCUAGUACUUCUGGGACAACUCCUGUAUCAAGUACAGUCACUGUUUCAGGAAGCUCUACAUAUAGCACAAUUACUACACUCAGUACUUUAAGUUCAACUGCCAGUUCCAGCCCCAAUUGUACGAUUUCACCUAAUGAAACUUACGCGCCAGGUGAGUCGUGGUGGCUGUGUGACUGCAUCAAUGCUACAUGUUUAGAAAACAACACUGUUGUGAUUGUUCCAAUAAUCUGUGAGCCACCUCCUAAACCCACCUGUUCCAAUGGGCUCGCUCCUGUACAAGUCAUUGAUGAUAAUCAGUGCUGUUGGCAUUGGGAGUGUGAUUGUUACUGCACUGGCUGGGGAGACCCGCAUUAUUUGACUUUUGAUGGAUUGUACUACAGCUAUCAAGGGAAUUGCACAUAUGUUCUUGUGGAAGAGAUUGAAAAAACAGUUGACAACUUUGGUGUCUACAUCGAUAACUACCAUUGUGACGCACGGGAUGUUGUUUCCUGUCCACGAGCACUCAUUGUGAGACAUGAGACUCAGGAAGUGCGCAUUGUAACAGUGAAACCAAAUACCCUGGAAGUAGAGGUGACUGUAAACAAACAGGCUGUGGCUUUGCCUUAUAAGAAAUUUGGCUUGAGGAUCUAUGAGUCAGGCAUAAAUCGUGUAGUGGAAAUUCCUGAGCUUAAAAUGAAUGUGACCUUCAAUGGCUUGUCAUUUUCUAUCAGAAUGCCCUACAGCCUGUUUGGAAACAACACUCAAGGACAGUGUGGCACUUGCAAUAACGACAUGGCAGAUGACUGCAGGUUGCCAAAUGGAGAUAUUGCAGAAAACUGUGAAACCAUGGCAGAUCAUUGGCAAGUUGUUGAUCCAUCCAAACCACAGUGUUCUCCAGGUCUAGUUCCUACAAAAGCACCUAGCACAACACCAGGGCAGCCUUGCAAAGAAUCUUCCCUCUGUGAGCUUCUUUGGGGAAGUGUGUUUGAGAAGUGCCAUGAAGUUGUUAAGCCUGAUAAGUACUAUGCAGCUUGCGUUUUUGAUAGCUGUAUGCUUCCCGACUUAGACCUGGAAUGCUCAAGUCUGCAGAUCUAUGCAGCUGUCUGUGCCGAUCAAAAUGUCUGCAUUGACUGGAGAAGUCAUACCAAUGGUGUUUGCUCUUAUGAAUGUCCCAAACAUAAAGAAUAUAGAGCAUGUGGUCCUAUUCAAGAGACAACCUGCAAGUCAAGUCCAUAUAAUGAAACUUCAGUUAAACAAGUGGAAGGCUGUUUCUGUCCUAAUGGUACAAUGCUGUAUGACUCUGGUGUGGAUGUCUGUGUAAACACCUGUGGCUGUGUUGGAUUGGAUAUGAUACCAAGAGAGUUUGGAGAAAAGUUUACAGCAGACUGCCAGGACUGUGUUUGCCUGGAAGGUGGAAAUGGCAUUGUAUGUGAACCUCACAAAUGUCCUGAACAAAAUAAGAGGAGUUGUUCUGGGAAAGGCUUCUAUGAAGUCACUGAAGUCAACUCUGAAGAUCCCUGCUGCCCCAUUGUCACUUGCAAAUGCAACACAAGUUUGUGCACAACUAAACCCCCCAAAUGUACACUGGGAUUUGAAGUUCAGUCUUAUAUUCCCAGUGAUGAGUGCUGUCCUGUGUACCAGUGUGUUCCCAAGAAUGUUUGUGUACAUCAGAAUGCUGAGUUCUUGCCUAAUUCCUCAGUCUUUGUUGAUAAGUGUCACGAUUGCUUCUGCACUAAUGAAGUUAACAUCAGCACUCAACUGAAUGUCAUCUCCUGUGAACAUAUUCCAUGCAACACAUAUUGUGAACCAGGAUAUGAACGGAAACAAGUAGAAGGUGAAUGUUGUGGAAAAUGUGUGCAGACAAAGUGUAUUAUACAUACAUCACACGGUUCCAGUCUCAUACUGAAUCCUGGAGAGUUUACAAAUGAUCCUUACAACAACUGCACCAUUUACAGUUGUACAAGUCUCAAGAACCAGCUUAUAUCUUCCACAUCUGAAAUUACGUGUCCUGCAUUCAGCGAGGAGAGCUGCAAACCUGGAACUGUUACAUUCUUACCUAACGGUUGUUGCAAAACCUGUGUACCUCUGGAUAGCCCCACACCAUGCUCUGUCCGUGAGAGAAAAGACUUUAUUGUCUAUAAGAACUGCCGUUCUCUGGAGAGAGUUGUCCUGACUGAAUGUGAAGGAACAUGUGGAACUUUCUCACUGUACUCUGUUGAGGCCAGUUCUAUGGAGCACAGUUGUUCCUGCUGCAAAGAAGUAGAAACUAGCAUGAAGGAAGUGGAACUGAAAUGUCCCUCUGGGAAGUCAAUUACACAUAAAUACGUGUAUGUGGAAAGCUGCGGCUGUCAGGACACUCAGUGCGUAGUCCCAGAAUCUAGUGAAUCUCAGAGCACAGAAGAAAAUGAUGAGAGCACUCAAAAUCAUAGAAGAGCCAUCAGCUUAACAUCAAAAUGAAGCAGAAAAAGCUAACAGCACUCAAGUAAAGGAACUAUGCACCACUCUGAUCUUUCUUGACAGGUUUUGAACUUAGCUUUUCCCCACUACUGUAUCUAUACUGUAUGUUCUCUAGUUAUUUUUAACAAUGCUCUAUUUAUUUGUGUACAAAAUUACAGUGAACUUUCUUCCAAGUUGCAUACCCCUCUGGAUCAUUUUAUAAUCAACUUAUUUUCUCAAAUGAUUAAA